AUGGCAAAAUGGCGGUUCAUGAUUUUCUUCAUAUUUUGACUCUUCCUCAAAACUCAGUAUAGGGACUUUUGUUUUGGGGCUCAGAUCAAUAUUAAAUACAUUGAUGCUUUGCUCAACAGUGCAGAACUCACUGUACAUGCUUUGCAUUUUCAAGUGUGUGUCUUUUUGAGCGUCAAAUUCCAUGAAAUUCAUGAAGCCAGUAUGCAUGACUUUGAGCUCAGCUAUUUCCUCUAUUAA